GCCCCUCCUCCUUCCCUCCCCCCUCGCCGUUAGGGAGGGUCCGCGCCUCAGCCGCUGCCUUCGCUGCUCUAGCCGUAGCCCUCCCCUUCCCUCCCCCGGCUCUCGGCGCCGUUUUUUUUCCCCCGGGGGGGGUAAAUCCGCGAAGGGGCUCACAGCCGCCUGGCCAGUAGCACCCUCGCUGCUGUCGCCGCUUCCUCCGCUGCCACCACCGCCUCAGUCGCUCGCCUGCCCGCGACCUCCUCAGGAGAAGACACAAGACUCAGCCGCCGCUGAGCCGGAGCCUUGGCCCUCCUGCCGCUGCCGCUGUGCGGGGCGGUGCUGAGGCUGAGGCAGCUGCCGCGGCGGGUCCUGGAGAAGCGGCCCCGGCCGGGGAAGGGGGAGUCGCGCUUCCAACGAUUAACUGCUGAAGUACUGAUCGAGUUCUGCGUUUCUUCAAUGAGGAACUACAGGCUCAUCUUCUGCCAUAAUCUCAAACAGCCAUAAAUGACAAAAGAAUGCUUGCUCAGUGAGGGUAGCUGGUGCAGAAACCGUUUUUUAAACUUAGGUGUUUAAGUACUCAAAGAAAAGACAGCUUUGAUUUCUGGCUGCAAAAAGAUAUGAGGAAGAGCUCCUCCCCUUCCUUGAGUAACUGCAACUCCGUACUUGCUAACAAAAUAUUUGGAAUUCCACUUGAUGAGCUGCAGCAGGGAGGACAUCCAGACAAUGAGGUUCCAUUCAUAGUUCGCCACGUUGUGGACUAUAUUGAGGAACAUGGAGGUCUGGAGCAAGAAGGACUUUUUCAAGUCAAUGGAAAUGCUGAGACGGUGGAGUGGCUCAGGCAGAGAUAUGACAAUGGAGAAGAUGUGGAUCUGGUUAAGGAAGCAGAUGUUCCCUCAGCUAUUAGUCUUCUUAGGUUUUUCCUUCAAGAACUUCCAGAACCUGUCAUCCCUGGCAGCUUGCAUAUUCACUUGAUGCAACUUUCUCAAGAUUAUAAUAAUGAAGAUGAAUUUGGAAGAAAGUUGAGGUUCCUCUUGCAACAGCUUCCACCUGUUAAUUACAGUUUGUUGAAGUUUCUGUGUAGAUUUUUAGCCAACGUAGCAUCACAUCAUGAAGAAAUUUGGUCUGCAAAUUCUUUGGCUGCCGUCUUCGGUCCAGAUGUCUUCCACAUUUAUACAGAUGUGGAAGAUUUGAAAGAGCAAGAAAUAGUAAGCAGAAUAAUGGCUGGACUUCUGGAAAACUACUAUGAGUUCUUUGAGAAUGAAGAGGAAGAUUUUUCAUCUACUAAUGAUUUGAGUUCACUGACUGAACAGGCAGGCAGCAGCGUUCUCCACAAGCUGGAGUCUGGAGAGCAGGCAUUUCACGAGACCCUAGAGAAGGGAAUUACAACAAUGAAAGAAAGAAGAGAUAUUAAUGAACUCUCUGAGGAAGAAGAAGAAAAGCUAGAGCAGUCGGAAGAACUUCCAGAAGAUUGUGCAGAGAAAUCUAAAGAAGUGCCAGAGGUGGUACACUUGAGGAUGACCGAGAACAUCCUGGAAUCUAAUAGUGUUAAAGCAUCAACCAGUGCUCAUAUAUCUCCCAUCAACAUCUUGCCAGCCUCUGCAGACAUUUUAGAAAGAACUAUUAGAGCAGCUGUGGAACAGCACCUUUUUGAUCUGCAGAGCAGCAUAGAUCAUGAUCUAAAGAAUUUACAGCAGCAUGGUGUGGGGCAUAAUAAUGAAGCAAAAAAUAUAAAUUGUGAUGGAGAAGAAUCUAAUAACCAGGAUGCUAUUGCUGGUGAUAAUAAUGCUAGUGAGAGUAACAGAGACUGCUCUGAAACAUUGGCUAGCAGAAAUUUGGAAAAUGAAGCAAUUCAGCCUGAUUUUGCUUUUGAGAAUGAAGAAAACGACCAGUCUUUAGGUAUACUGUUAGAGCCAUGUAUUGAACAUAGUGAUGAUGAAGAUGAAGAUGUUCAGAGGAAUGAGUGCAUGCCAUUUGAUGACAGUGGCAUAUCUUCACAAUUGGCUCUGGAUUCUAGUAGCAAGAUAUGUGAUUUGAAUGCCAACACUGAAUCAGAAGUGCCAGGAGGUGAAAGUGGUGGUGGUGUUCAUGGAGAAGCAGCAUGUUUGCAUAUCCCCCAUUUAGAGCUGAAGAGUGUUUCUGAUGGUGAUAAAUGGGAAGCGUCAUGCCCUAUCACUUUCCCCCUCAUUGAUUUCAAAACAAUGCAUCUGCAGAGAGAUGGGGAGGAGCCAUUUCCUGCUUUUAAGUCUUGGCAGGAGGAUUCUGAAUCUGGAGAAGCUCAACUUUCCCCACAAGCUGGGAGAAUGACUCAUCAUCCUCUUGAAGAAGAUUGUCCACCAGUAUUGUCACAUCGUAGUUUAGAUUUUGGACAAAGCCAGCGAUUCCUGCAUGAUCCAGAAACUUUGGAUUCUUCAUCUAAAGCUCUUUCCUUUGCCAGGACUCGAAGAGCAUCCUUUAGUUCAAAAGAUGACAGAAGGGAAGAUAAAACACCCUAUCAGUUGGUCAAGAAACUACAGAAGAAAAUCAGACAAUUUGAAGAGCAGUUUGAAAAAGAAAAAAAUAGUAAGCCCUCCUACAGUGAUAUCGCAGCCAAUCCCAAAGUUUUAAAGUGGAUGACAGAGCUUACUAAACUAAGGAAGCAAAUUAAAGAUGCAAAGCACAAAAGCUCUGAUGGGGAAUUUGUACCUCAAACACGUCCCCGCAGUAACACUCUUCCAAAAAGCUUUGGCUCUUCUCUAGAGCAUGAGGUUGAAGAGAAUGAAGGUGAAUCCAGGGUCAUACAAAAGGAGAAAAAACCAACCAAGGAGGCAACACUUGAACUUAUUCUGAAAAGACUGAAAGAGAAGCGUGUGGAAAGAAGCCUUCCAGAAGACAUUAAAAAAAUGACUAAAGAUCAUUUGGCCGAAGAGAAAACUUCUCUCCAGAAAAGCCUUCUGUACUAUGAAAGUCAGCAUGGAAGACCGGUAACCAGAGAAGAGAGACAUAUUGUUAAACCUCUCUAUGAUAGAUACCGGCUUGUGAAACAGAUGCUAACAAGGGCAAGCAUCACUCCCAUUCUUGGAUCCCCAUCUACCAAGAGACGAGGUCAAAUGUUACAGCCUAUCAUAGAAGGAGAAACGGCCCAUUUUUUUGAAGAAAUUAAGGAAGAAGAAGAAGAUGGUGUUAAUUUGUCUUCCGAGUUAAAUGAUAUCUUGAAAACUGCCACACAAACACAGACCUUUUCAAGCUCAUUGGAAAAUUCAGAAUCUGAUGUUGAAGAAAGUCAAGAAAAGCUGGCUCUGGACCUCCGUCUGUCAAGUACUCGAGCAGCUUCCAUGCCUGAAUUACUAGAGCAACUUUGGAAAGCCAGAGCUGAAAAAAAGAAGCUACGCAAGACAUUACGGGAAUUUGAAGAAGCAUUUUAUCAACAAAAUGGAAGGAAUGCUCAGAAAGAGGAUCGGACUCCAAUGCUGGAGGAGUACAGGGAGUAUAAGAAAAUAAAAGCCAAACUUAGGCUCCUUGAAGUUCUUAUCAGCAAACAAGAUUCUUCAAAAUCCAUAUAAAAAUGCUCCUUCAAAACGUCAUAAAAACCAGUUAUAUUCCCUGAAGCUACCAUCAUGUGUACUGGCUGAUGCUUGAGUUCCUUUUUUGUCAUGUGCUUUUCAAAGAAUUUCAUGUGAACUUUAUUGUGGUGCCACUACAAAAAUAUGAUCGAAGGGCAAGUAGGCCCCUUUUAGGGAGCAAAUAAAAUGUUCCAAAUUAACAGGAAACUAAUUCUCUCUACCUUUACAUGCAGUUUCCUUCAGUGUUUUGUAUUACAGAUACAUCCUUUUCCCAAAAGACUAUAGAAUUUUAUCUUUUCAACUUUAAAGAACUUCGGAAAUUUACGAGCUUUUUGUUAUUUCCAACUUCUUUUUGCAUUACUGAAGAAAAUUAAGAUGUAGAUCUUCACACCACACUGAACAACUCUAGUUGCCUUUUUCUUACAGAAAAAUUGAGAGUAAAACAUAAAAACGCAUACAUAUGCAACUGUAUUCUGUGUUUUCCUGGAAAACCAAAUCAAACUGAAUUCCUUUCUGAGUCCUGCUGUGGAACAGCUUUCUGUUUAAAUCCCACAAAGACGUGUCACACAGGUAGUAUGUUAUCAAUCCAUGGAUUUUUCUUUUUUAUCCCCAAGUCAGUGGUCACAGCUCCUGGACGAAGAAAGCAGUGGACAGCCCAGAAAGUGACCUUCCUUAAUGUAAUUUUAAAAACACAGAAAACAACUUGGAAAACUGAUUCAUUAUCACACGCUGCCUACAGGACUUGAGUUACUAUUCGUUUUCUUGGUUAUUGUUUAACAACUGGUGGUGACAUGAUUUGCCUUCCCCAAUUGACAAUGUGAGAACCUUAUUACCCAUGUCAUCAUGUGGGAAAUCUGAUGGUGCUUAGACUUGUAUAGUGCCAGCAGAUCUAAACUGGCCUAAAUCAGUAAAAAUGAUUGUUAUAGCUGAAAUAAAUCUGUUUAAACAAGGGCUAAUAUUACUGCAUUUUACAUGCAUCUUGGGGUGGAUUGGUGGGUUGUGUAAGUCUUAAAAAUUACAAGAAAAAAGUCCUACAAUAAGCCAACAUCCUCUCUCCCCUCCACCCCUUCCAAAAAUUACUUUGUUAUCACAUUGUAUAUGUGUGAUGCAGCUAGGAAACAGAAAGCAGUGGUGUACCCUUGUAAUGUAAGCAGAUCUUUUUUUUUUUCUGUGCAUGGUUCAGCUUUUAAAAAAUGUCCUUUUGAUGUCAUUCUGGUGAUCAUUUUCACUAUGUUGGAUGCUUAUUCACAUGCUUGUGCUAUAUGAUAUGGCAGUCAUUAAAAAGAUUAAGGUCAGGCAAAACUUAAGUGUUAAUUUUUAACUGGUGCUUUUCUGUAUGGGUAAGUAUAUCAGUUUGACUAGUGCUACAUUUUGCAUGCAGUGACUUCACAUGCAUGUUUUCUGACAAGCUAAUAUUAACACACUUUGUUUCAUGAAAGACCAAAAGAUACUUUUUUUUAAGGGGGGGUGUAACAUCAUUACAAGCUGUGGGAAGCAUGAACUUCGUAGAUUCUGGGGGGACUUAUAUAAACACAGGGUUGAAAAUAGGAUUUAUAGUACUUCAGAGGUCAUCUGUGUGUGCAAUACCUCUUUUUGUUUUUGGAACUGAAUAGUGGGCAUGUAGUUUGGGAUUUUUAACAACAAAAAAAAGCACUAAAACUAGCCAUGUUCUGAUGGUUUCCCUUUAUAUAGCAAGGCUAUUCAUACAGUAUCUAGAGAAAUGACAUUUAAAAACUAAAACCAGGACCAUUUAUCACUUUGAUUUGGAUCCAUUGUGCAAUGUACAUUUCAGUUAUUUUUUUUUCUAUUAGUCUGCAGACACGGGUGUAUCCAAACAUUGAAA